AAUCCAGAACCGACGCAUCCGGACGAGCGGCCACAGUACCCGAGUACGCCUGAACUCCAACCUCUGACUCACGUAAAUAUAUGCAAAUGACCAAAUUCUCUCGUAUUUAAGGCCGAUAACGAGUCGCAGGAGGUGUCAGUCGGGCAGGCAGAGAGAGAAGAGAGCGUGACAGGCAUCGGGAAUCGGUUAAAAACGGCGAGAAAGGCGGAAACUUCGUUUUGUUCUUCCGUCAUCUGGGAUCUUAAGGCUUCUGCAGAUUCUGAAUUUCUGAAUUUUCUGCCGAAGAAGCGAGAAAAGGAGGCGAUUCUGAGUUUCUACCAAGGAAGCGAGAAAAGGAGGCGAUUCUACAGAUUCUGAAUAUCUACAUUCUACCAAAGAAGCGUGAAAAGAAGGAGAUUCUGCAAAUUCUGAAUUUCUGGAUUAUCUGACGAGGAAGCGAGAAAAGGGAGGAAAUUCUGCAGAUUCCGAGACCCGUUUGUGCUCAGUUUUCUUUUAGUGGGACUUAUUCUUCUGUUAGACUAUGGGUCGGGGUGCUAUAUUGUUCUUCAUAGUGUGGGUUUUGUGCUUAGCGAGAGGAAAUUCGCUGGAACGUGAACUCGGAGAUAAUCCCGAUAUUUAUCUAAGUGUGCCGCAGCUGAUUGCGAAAUACGGCUACCCAAUCGAAGUCCACCACGUGACCACAGACGAUGGCUACAUUCUGGAACUCCACCGAAUCCCACACGGACGCAAGACAGGCCACAGCUCUCUCCAGAAGCCGAAUCUUAGCUCCUUCGAAAAUGAAGUUGCUGGGAGGAUGCCCGUGUUCAUGCAGCACGGCCUCAUGUCCUCGUCAUCCAGCUGGGUUCUUGGCCCUGUCGAUAAAGCACCAGCAUACAUGAUGGCCAAUGCUGGGUAUGACGUGUGGCUGGGCAACGUGCGAGGGAACCGAUAUUCUAAGAACCACACGCAUUUGUCACCGAAAGAUAAGAAAUUUUGGGAUUUCAGGCACAACCAUCUUCUAUGGAUGCAUGUCCAGCCACCCUCAGUAUAACAAAAAGAUUAAGGCGAUGUUUGGGCUUGGACCGGUAGCCACUGUGAAGCAUAUCAUAAGUCCCAUCAAGUACCUGGCUCCUUUUGCUAAUGAUAUACAUAAAUCUACUGGGUGAUUACGAGUUCCUGCCCUACAACCGGAAGUAUGUGGAGUGGACGGAAUUUGUAUGCACUCACUUCAGGUACGAGAAACUCAUGUGCAGGGACGCCCUUUUCUUCUUGUGUGGAUUUGAUGCUCAUCAGUUUAAUAUGACUUGGCUUCCUGUCAUUCUAAGUCAUGGAGCCGAGGGAACAUCCACAAUGACUGUAGUUCAUUAUGCCCAGGAAGUUAACACAGGGACAUUUGAACACUACGAUUUUGGAAAGUCAGAGAACUUGAGGAGGUACCACCAACCAACUCCGCCGAAGUACGACCUGAAAAAUGUGACGGCGCCAGUGGCUCUGAUCUGGGCGCAGAAUGAUUGGCUGGCCGACCCAGAAGAUAUUGUGUACCUUGCAUCCCAGCUUCCAAAUUUGGUGAUGAACGUAAAGAUGCCGCUGCCUGAUUUCAACCACAUGGACUUCAUCUGGGGAAUCGAUGCAGAUAAACUUGUCUACAAAAGAAUCCUGAAGUAUAUGAAGUUCUUCUAAUUAAAGCGAAUGUUGAGAAGUUGCUUAUUGCAAUCUAUGAUAGAGGUUGUAUGUAAUGCUUCUACAAAAGAAUCCUAAAGUAUGUGAAGUUCUUCUAAUCAAAGUGAAUGUUGAGAAGUUGCUUUACUGCAAUCUAUGAUAUAGAUUGUAUGUAAUGAUUCAUUCUGUUGGUGUAUGCCACUUUUAUGUGUAGAUACAUAGAGAUCAUUAUAUAUGUAUGAUUUAGGUAUCGGUUUACUGUGAAUUUGUUACCUAUGACAUUAUUUACUUUUAGUCCCAUUAUUCUAAAAUGUAAUAUGAAAUUAAGCUUAUAGAAAUAUAUAUGUACAAUUUAAGAAUACCAGUGGUCACAAAAAAAAAAAAAAGAUUUGUGGAAGUUGUUUUACAAAUACCGGUCACAACAGACUU